AUGAAGAUGAUGGCCGCCAGUCGCUCACCCGAAAAGGUGGAAGUGAAUGGCGACCCCACGAAGGGAAGGACGGACGACGGGGAGGAAGAUACCUUGAGCAAGGCCCGGAAAGCCGCCAAAGUCCAUCUCAAUGCUCUCAAGGAACAUAUGGAAGAAGCCAUGGAGGCCUUCAACCGCCUUGAAGGCGUGAUCUUCACUGCGGCGGAGGCGGUCAAGACGGAGCGGGUGAGCUUGAUGGAGGAUCGGAUUGCUGCGGCCAAGGAGCGUCAGAUGCAGGAGGCCGAGCUAGCCCACAAGCAGGAACAGUUGCAACGGGAGCAGGACGAGCUGCGAAGAGCUCGUGAACAGCUGGAGUUGGAGCGGCGACAGCUCAAGGAGUUGAAAACACAACAGGUGGCUCAGGCCCAAGCAGCCCACACCGUUGCCACCCAUGCUGUUGCGGCCGGCAACGUGCAGGUGGCACAUGCAGCGCACAGCGUGCAGGCUUUGCAGGCCCAUGGUGUCAGUGCUGCCCAAGCUGCAGUUCCAGGUCGGCCGAGACAGGUUGAGAUGUCAACACCAGUGGCGUCCAGCUGGAGCCCCUUGCUGAUGCCUACGCGCCGGGUCCUGGUCUUCGGCGGCUUCGAUGGGACGGCGGAUCACCUCAGCACUGAGAUCCUCGAUACUGCCAGCAUGACCUUCUCCUCCGGGCCCACCAUGGGCGUGGGCCGUUCCGGUUGUGCGGUCGCGGCGCUGGACGAGCGGCGCGUGCUGGUGGCUGGAGGCUUUGAUGGUUGCAGGAGUUUGGAUUCCACUGAACUCGUGGACCCUGUGACGCUCAAGGUGGUCUUGGGCCCGAAGAUGGGUACCCGACGCAACGCCUGCGCGGCGGUGCGCUUGGAUGCCCAGAGGCUGCUGAUCAUCGGCGGCUCGGACGAUGCCAGCGAGUUGGACUCCACCGAGGUCCUCGACUUGGAGAGGAUGGUCUUCUCCCCGGGACCUCGCAUGGGCACGCGGCGAAACGCUUGCGCGGCGUCGUUGAUUGACCAUCAUCGUCUCUUGGUCAUUGGCGGUUCAGAUGGCUGUAGCGAUUUAGAAAGCACGGAGCUCUUGGAUUUGACGACCAUGAGCUUUUCCGCGGGCCCCCGCAUGUCCACGCGUCGCAACUUUUGCGCCACUGCCCUACUGCAGCCUUCGGGGUCUAAAGGACUCCUGCUGGUCUUGGGGGGCUCCGAUGGAUCCAACAGCCUCGAUAGCACUGAGGUCCUGGACGUGUCGAAGAUGACUUUUAGUCCAGGCCCUCAGAUGAGCGCCUGGCGCAGCGGUUGCACCUGCGCGCCCUUGGGCCCUCAGCAGUUGCUGGUGGUCGGUGGCUUUGAUGGAUCCAAUCACUUGGAUAGCACGGAGUUGCUGGAUCUCAAGGACUCCCGUGAUGGCCUAAUUCGGGAAUUAGAGGUGAACUGCCGAUGUAAUGCCGAAGAAGUGGAUGAAAAAGAGGAGCCUGCGAAAGGUGCCAACAAGAAGACCCUCCUGGCGCCCACCGACGAAGCCUUCAUGGCUUUAGGCACCGGCGUGGCCGCCAGCUUAUUGCACCUCGGCUCCAAUACAACCAGCUUGGCUUUGGUGGAGCUUCAUAUCUUUGAGGGUGCUCGGACUAGUGAGAACCUGGUGGCCCGAACCAACAUCGUGUCACAGCAAGGUGGAGCCGUCAACGUGGGGUCUCUACAUCCGUUGACCUUCAACGAGGCGGUGGCCAGUGUCCAGGAUGUGCCGUGCACGAAUGGUAUCUUGCACGUGCUGGACCAUGUGGUGAAGCCCAAACGAUGGCGCUUUCCGGAGAGGAACUUCAUGCAAUUUGCGAACAAGGAGCUGAAGUUUGCCCGAGCUGUAGAGAGGGACUUGAGCGAAUUCGUUCGCUUGGUCUCCUUCAGCGGCUUGCUCACAGAGUUCCAGGGCGACGGGCCCUUCACCGCGAUGAUCCCGAACGACUACGCCUUUGCACUCCUAGGAGAUUCGGUCAACAAUCUCUUCUUGCCAGAGAACUCCGAGAAGCUCAAGGAGUUCCUGCGAUACCACGUGGUGGUGGGGAAAUUCCUCAGCAUCCAACUCACCAGUCCUCAGGACCUGAACACCUUGCAAGGCGGUGUUGUGAGCGCUGUACCCUGGACGCAGCUGGGAUGGACCGGCAUCGCCUACCAGUCAGCUGCCCCGCCUGUGGUGAUCAACGAGCGGGCACAGGUGGUGACGCCGGACAUCUUAGCAACCAAUGGUGUGGUGCACAUCAUCGACCAUGUGUGUCUUGGCAACGAAUCCACCGCCUUCCUGCGCCAUCCACAUGCCGUUCUGUUAAGGUGCGAAAAGGUGUCACGGAUGUCUGUGAAGUUCUUCUAA